AUGCCUUUCGCAAACCUUACUCAACGUGAUAAGGAUGCAUUCUUUGCGCUAUUGGACGAAUACUUUGAAUCACGACCACAUCUUUUCCAGAACACAGUAAAUGCAGGAGCCGCAACGUCGAUGACGAACGGAACUGCCGUGGCAAAACCAGCACCAAGCGUGGUAAACACGCCGCCCAGAACACCUGCCCGAGCGCUGUCUACAAGCUCCAAUACAUCCCAACAAGCUACGUCGACACCUCCUAUACCAAAGCCGCGAUCUUCGGGACCUCCAGCUGUCCCGGCACGCACCGCAACGCCGCGUAUUGUCGAGCCCGCACCUGAAGAGCACGAAGCGCGUGACAAUGACAAUGAUUCGAUAGAUAGCGCACCGGUUUCGGUAUCAAGUCGAAUCGCCGCAGCGCAAGCCGCAUUUGGAAACAGUCUGGGUCCUGGCAAUGGACGUCCCCCGGUCCCUUCUCAACGUCGCUUCUCCUCAGCCUCCAAUGCCAGCAAUACCAGCCAAGCAAAAGCUGCUUCACCACCUCCUACGCAGACUCAUUUUCAUACUCCACCGACCACGACUUCAUCCUCACCACCACCUCCGCCGGCACGCGCAAAUUCUGGUGCAAAUGCGCCUAGUACCCCAAAUGGGAGUGCCAAUGGCCUCGUGAGCUCACGAGGGAUGGGCAGCAUCGACACCUCGUCUGCAGGUGCCGCUGUUAGCACUGUCUUCUCAUUCAAGGGCAUGGGUAAGAACGAGAAGAAACCGACGGGUGUUCAUGUACAGCAAAAGAGUGCCUUUGAAAGGCCCAAGACCAAGGAUACGUAUGCACCCCCACCCUCCAGAUCGACUCCAAAGGUAGAGGAACCGCCUGUGACAAUGCAAGGGGACGACGACGGCGAGUACGCAAAAGGAGAAUGGGUAGAGGCGCUCUACGAUUUUGAUAGCUCGGACGCGACGGAUCUCCCAUUCAAAGCCGGACAACAAGUCUUUGUGACUGAGCGCACGUCAAAGGACUGGUGGAUGGCUCAAUCAGGAGAUAAGGAAGGUCUUAUUCCGGCAGCUUAUGUCAAGGUUCUCUGA